CCCUCACAUUUUGUUGUUACAACCCCCAAAAUGUGGCUUUCAUCCACGCACAGAAGUUCUAGUGCCUACUCUGUGCCUUCUUUGUACGUACUCCGUAUUUCUUGUCCGUUCAAUUCGGAGAAAUUCUCCGCGCGUGACGGGUCUUGGCUUAUUUCGAUUCCACUGAUAGGAAAAAAAAUUAGUACGGGCCGGUGAGCGAGAGCUAGUAGUCUUUGAUGUGGCGCACCACGAGGUGAUUCGUGUGAGUCGGCGGAGCUACGACUACUCGAAUUCUAGUGGUGACUAUUAAAGACGCCUCCGAUCGUCCUCGUCUCUUAGUACUAUUCGUAGUACGGCACUCCGUUCAAUUUCCGAAGGACUCUCACGUAGCAAAGUGAGCUCAGCGGACUCUCCGCUGGAGCAUGAUGUGUUAUACUAUAGUUCCUAGUAGCCGUGAAGCAACUUGGAGUCACCAGAACGACUACCAGUCCUACUAGACCAAGAAUAGUACAGUACAUUAGAAGUAAUACGAGCCUCGUAGGCCCCCUGGGUUCUCCUCAAUGAUCGCAAGGCCCGACCCUGCGCGAAUUCGUUCCUCGCUCAUGUCUCGGGGCUGAACGGUCGCAAGACCCUCACUUCUGCGAGAAGCCACGUGAUAUAAGGUUGGUUAUGAGACGUCUCAAAACCAACCUUAUAUCACGUGUUUUGAGACGUCUCAAAACCAACCUUAUAUCUCCUCGCUCAUGUCUCGGGGCUGAACGGUCGCAAGACCCUCACUUCUGCCAGAAGUGCUCGCCCGGGCCGGGAGCAUCGUUAUGACACGUCGCGGAGGAAGUAGCAGCAGCCUGAGAACGUGUGAUGAUCGCAACACGGCUCGCAGCGACGGAGGACUCCGACUCGAAGAGCCGGAAAGCCGUUGCGACUCCGACUCCCACUCGGACUUCGACUUGGAGUCCCAACGCAACCCGGCGCGUAGUAACCUGGCGCCUUCGCGGCGGCAGCGGCGAGACUUUCCCCCGCCGCCGGCUCCUCCGGAACAGCCACUUGCGCGCGUCGCACGGCGUCGGACGAAUCAUGAGGCGACGGACGGCCCCGGACCGGGCGAAGGAGAUGAUGACGACGUGAGAGAAGAGGCCGACGGCCCGGCGGAGGAUGCGGCGGAGAAUGCGGCGGAGGAUGCGGCGGAGGAUGCGGGGGAGGAUAGGCGGGAGGACGAGGAGGAGCGCGGCGAGAUGGAGGAGCGGGAAGCAGAAUGUCCCGGUGGCGCUCAGGCGGAGGGGGGGGAGGGGGAGGAGGAAGUGCAACGUGUACAGUCAACGCUUUGCCCGUCUUCUCUCCAUCUCAACCAAGCCCUGGUGGCGGCCUCUGCCGGCGGCCCCAGCACCCGCAAUCAAACCUCCACAACCGGCAGGGGGGUGGGGGUCGCUGGCGUCGGUGGCGGUGGCGGUGGGGACAGCGGUGGUGGUGGUGGGAGGUGGGACGCCGUCGGUGGGGACGCCGGCCCGUUGGUGGGACGCGAGACGCCGGCCGGGGGCGUUUUCAGCGUGACAGUGUCCUCGGGGGAUGCUCAAAAAGUUGUUGUCGCCGGUCUCGGUGGUACUGACGCCGUCACGAUCCCAUCCGUCCCUCCAGCAUGGGAGCACUGUCACUGCCCUGAAUCUCCGGCAAGGAGUCCUGUUCGGCUCAUGGACCCAGGUCACAAUGUGACACUGCCACCGCCACUGCCACUGCCACUGCCACUGGCAGUGUGUGAGGACGAGUUCCCGCCUCACGCCGGUCUGUCCUUCACGCCCCCUCAGUCCCUCACUCCGCCGCCGCAAGGAGGCGAUGACGCACCAGCCGCCACUCCCGCUACUGCCGCCACUGGAAGUAUCAGCCCCCUUCCAGCUCCCAUACAAUGGCACGCAGCCACGCAUCCCCCUUCGCCCGUUCUUCCCACCACUGCCAGUACCGCAGCCGCCACUACCACCCCCAAGGGCGCCCAACCGCCGGUCACUCUCAGCGCGCAUGCUGACACAUCACGCAGCAGCUCCAGCACCAAUAAAACGAGUCCACGUCGGAGUGAUGCUGCUGGCAGUGGGUGCAGCAGUGACGACAGCAGCCAGCGCAGUGGGGUGCGGGCCAAGAGGAGCCAAGAGAACGGAGGCGGCGACAAGAGAAGGCGGGGCAAGAGACGAGCCGAGGGCUCUGACGUUGGUGGUGUUGCUGCUGAGGCGUGGGAUUCUGAGGGGAUGCAGGUGCAGGGUGCGGUGGUACGGGCUGGUGCUUGUGCUUCCCGUGCUGGGAUUGAGAUGGAGGUUGCUGAAAGGGUGAGGGAAGAAGCGGCAGCAGCCGCAGCAGCAGCCACAGCAACAGCAACUGCAGGAGCAGCAGCAGCAGCAGCAGCAGCAACAGCAGCAUCAGCCCCCGACGAGGGAAACAACGAGGCAGCAGCAUUGGAAGCAGGAGGAGGACGCUCGGCUUCUCAAGCACAACCCAGGCCGGACCUGGGCCCAUCCACCCUACCAGAAGUAGAGCAGCAACAACAACAAGAGCAACAACAGCAGCAGCAGCAGCAGCAUCAACAACAGCAACAGCAGCAGCGGCAGCAGCAGCAGCAACAGCACCCCCAGCACCAGCAGUCGUCCCGCAAGCCACGAGUGAAGGGAGCGCAGGGCGGCCCGGACAACAGCAGCCACUCAUUCCGGGGCGUGCGGCAGAGGCAGUGGGGAAAGUGGGUGGCCGAGAUCAAGGAGCCUCGGCACCGCAAGCGCGUGUGGCUGGGAUCCUUUGACACCGCUGCGGAAGCUGCUCGCGCGUACGACCACGCCGCGAGAGUGUUCCAUGGGCCCCGCGCCAAGUGCAACUUGGCAGCGGUGGGCGGGGGGAAGGCGUGGAGGGGGGAAGGGAGGGGGCGAGGGAGGGGACGAACGAGAAGUAAGAGUGAAGAGAGUGGGAGUGGUAGUGGGAGUGGGGGUGCUAGUCGGAGUUCCAGUGUGGGUGGUUGUGUGAGCGGCAGUGGCAGCAGAAUCUCUGCUGCUACCUCCUUUGCCCCACGCAGGGGAGACGUGACCCCUGCUGCACACACAAGGGGAGGACGAGAAGGAGGGGGAGGAGGAGGAGGAGGAGGAGGAGGAGGAGGAGGAGGAGGAGGAGGAGGAGGAGGAGGAGGAGGAGGAGGAGGAGGAGGAGGAGUCUUUGGAGGAAGCAUGCGGGCGGGAGCUGAACCACUGGAGCGCCGUUCUGCAGCCAAGGGCGCAGUGGCAGUUCCACGGCCCAUGGAUCCACCACCCCUAGCAGCUGAAACGAACACUGCAAGUCAAGUUCUAGUAGGCAGAGCGGGAACCGAUUCAGCAGGUGUUACGGAGCGCGGUGCACCGCCUGCAAACCAUUCAGCAGCCACACCCCCAGUGUAUUGUGAGUCGACUAAAACCACAGUGGCACACCAGCCUGCCACUCCGUUGCCAACCCAACUGGUCGUUCCAACACCCACUAGUGCCCCCCCUCCUCCAGAUGUGACCGCCCAACAAGCACCUUCAAGGGAAGGACCGGACUGGCCAUCACCAGCACGGCUACCCACAGAAGCCUCGGUAACAGCAGCCUCGGUAACAGCAGCCUUGAUAGCAGCAGCCUCGGUAGAAGCAGCCUCGGUAACAGCAGCAGAGGCGGCAAUCGCAACAGCAGCAGCAGUUGCGGCAGGUGCAGAAACUUUCCACAUGCGAAGGAGAUCAGAGAGACCCGCAUGGCCGGACAGCGUCCCCCAGAGCCCUUCUCCCACUGCUACUCCUGCUGCUGAUCAACGCACGCUGCCGCACCUCCCUGGACCCACCCCUGGCCUGUGCAACGCACCGAGUCCCCAGCCUAGCUUUGGCUCUGCCCCGCGCUUGCUAUCCUUGCCCAUGGGGGCGAGUGACGGCCGGUCGUGGGACGGCAGCUGCAGCGGCGGAGGCAGGGAGGUGGGAGGGUUGCAGGGUGGUGGGAGCAUGGGCAGUGGGAGCAUGGGCGGUGGGAGCGUGGGCGGUGGUGGGAGCAUUGGUGGUGAUGCGAGCAUGGGCGGUGGUGGAAGCACGGGUGGUUGGAGCAUAGCUUGUGGUGGCGUGGAGUCGUGUGUGGAAAUGGCAGCACAGGCGGCAGAGAGGAGCGCAGCAGCAGGGGGAGGAGGCAGCACGGGCAUGUCAUGGUGCGCUGCUGGCCCGCAUCGUCACAAUCACCACCACCAACACAUGCAGUGUGGCGGCAGCCUGAACCCAGGCCACACAAGGCCGCGCCUUCUCACCAUCCCCUCCUUCGCCCUGCGAGCCUCCUCCUCGUGCAGGCCGUCCCUUCUCCCGCCCCAUUUCCCUCCUCAGUAUUGGUCUCCGUCCCCUUUUUCGUCCACUUCAGCCACGGAUUCUGCGUCUUCUUUCGCCCGGUUCCCUGGCGCGGUGCCUUUUCCACCGGCCUUGCCUGUGCCCAACACCCACUCAAAGCUCUUGCUCGCCAGUUCGGCAACAGCAAGAAGAGCGGGGGUAGCAGGAGCAGGAUCAGGAGUAGAAGGAGCAGCAGGAGCAGGGGCAGCCGGAGCAGCAGCAGGGGCGGGAGCAGGCAUAGUAGAUAAGCCAGCAGGCCCUGGUGCGGAAGCAGGCGAAAACGCAGCGGGAGGUGGGAAAUCCCCUGUCUUCUCUGUCCCGUACGCAAGACCAGUGGAGAUGGGCAAAAUUCCCAGCACUGGGCCUGGCAGUGGCACUUGGAGCGGCUCUGGCGGUGCUGCUGCCAUGGGUGAGGGCCCUCGCCUCCUCUCCCUCCCUCCUGACCUGUGGGUUCCGACACAGAAGCAGCAUGAGAAGCAGCAAGAGAUGCGGCAGACUCAGGAGAGGCUGCAGGUUGAAGGACGGGAGACACAAGAGGAGCGCAACGAACAGCAAUGGACACAGGAGGAGCAGACACAGCAGCAAGAAAGAGAGCAGGGGCUGCCGAAUCGAUUGAGAGAGAUGACUCCAGGAGCAUCAAGCGCAGCACCAGCAUUACUCUUGCCUGCACCGCCACUCCGGCCACACGUCCCAGUGCCGUUGCAACCCCUUUCCGAUGCCCCCUCCCGCGUGCCAUCACAUGGGUCGUCAUCACCAACAGGGUCAGCAGCCAUGCAGCAUGUGAUCAGCUCACUUGCUGCCUCCUCUUCCGCCUCACCACUCUCCGCACCCCUCACUGCUCCCAUUGCGGCUCCUGCUGCCGCUCCUGUGUUCCCAUCCUCCCCGCAACCUUUUUCCACAGCGCCAUUCUUGAAGCCUUUUCACCAAUCCACCCACUCCGUGCUUCACCGAAGUCCCCUCUCUCUGCCUCUACACCAAUCCACACUCUCCUCCUCAUCGUCUCACCUAUUGUCGUCACCAAAGCAACCUCUUUUCCAGCCAGGUCACUUGAACCUUCCCUUUCAAUCAGCACCUCAGCGCACUGGGUUCAGCCCCCCACUCUCCCCCUUACCUACAUACAUGCCGCUACAAAUGCCCAUAAUGUCAUGGGGUACUCCCACGACUGCUCCUACUCCUACUCCUGCUCCCAUUCCUGCUCCUGCUCCUGCUACUGCCCCCCCUCCUCCCCCUGCGGAACCACCACACCACCUACCCAACACCGCUGCCGGCACCACUGCCAGCAGGGCUGCCACCGAUCUCACACCCAGCUUCCCCUUCCAGAACAUGCUGGACAUGCAGGGUCCUGGGGAGUCGUCCUGUGUAGACGGCCCGUUCGGAAUGAGCCCCAUGGACGCAUUCGCAGGGAGGUUGCUGCUAGAGCCGGAGCCCGAACCAGAGGCCGAGUCCCACCGAGUGUACAUGGGAGAGGGGCCUGAGAUGUCGUGGGAGGAUGUGCUUGGGGGGGACUCGUGGAACGAUAUCUAGUGGUUAAGCUGCAGCAGCUUUAUGUGGUGUCAUGUGACUUAUAUCACACUCUCAGAGCUGAAGAGAAGAGCCGUAGUGCGUGAUAGAGAGUGGUGCAGAGUGUUACAGUACCAUGAUGUGGUUCCAGCAGAGCAGAGCUGUUAUGGCUAGAAAAUGUUGCA